AUGGCGCUGGCGGCGCUGGCGGCCGGGCCUCGGCUGGGGCGGCUGCUGAGCGGACCGGGACCGGGACUGCGGGCGGGGCGAGGGCACCGGACGGCGGCCGGGCGCUCGCCGAGCUCGCGCGAGGCGGACGCCCCGGUGUUCCAGUACGUGGGCGAGCGGGCAGCCCGUGCCGACCGCAUCUUCGUGUGGGGCUUCAGCUUCUCGGGGGCGCUGGGCGUGCCCACCUUCGUGCUGCCCAGCGCGGGGCCCAAGCCUCGCGCCGGCUCGCGGCCGCCCCGCAGGAUCCAGCCCGUGCCCUACCGCCUGGAGCUGGACCAGAAGAUUUCCUCUGCUGCCUGUGGCUAUGGAUUCACACUGUUGUCCUCUAAAACCAAGGAUGUGACGAAAGUUUGGGGUAUGGGGCUCAACAAAGAUUCCCAGCUUGGAUUUCACCAGAGCCGCAAAGAUAAAACCAGGGGGUAUGAGUACGUACUGGAGCCCUCGCCUGUCCCGCUGCCUCUGGACAGACCUCAGGAGACACGGGUGCUGCAGGUGUCCUGCGGCAGAGCCCACUCUCUCAUCCUGACAGACCGCGAAGGAGUCUUCAGCAUGGGAAACAAUUCUUACGGGCAAUGUGGAAGAAACGUGGUCGAAAAUGAAAUUUACAGCGAAAGUCACAAAGUCAACCGAAUGCAGGACUUCGACGGACAGGUGGUUCAGGUGGUUUGUGGCCAGGACCAUAGCCUGUUCCUGACGGACAAAGGAGAAGUCUACUCUUGCGGCUGGGGCGCCGACGGGCAAACGGGUCUGGGUCACUACAACAUCACCAGCGCGCCCACCAAGCUGGGCGGGGACCUGGCCGGAGUGAGCGUGGUGCAGGUGGCCACCUACGCUGACUGCUGCCUGGCCGUGUCUGCCGAGGGCGGCCUCUUUGGAUGGGGGAACUCGGAGUACCUGCAGCUGGCCGCCGUCACCGACGCCGCACAGGUGAACGUCCCCCGGUGCCUACCCUUCUCGGGAGUGGGGAAGGUGAAGCAGGCUGCCUGCGGCGGCACGGGCUGUGCCGUGUUAAACGGAGAAGGACAGGUUUUCAUCUGGGGCUACGGAAUUCUUGGGAAAGGACCGAACCUUGUGGAAAGUGCCCUUCCCGAGGUGAUCCCGCCCAGUCUCUUCGGCCUGACGGAGUUCAACCCGGGAGUCCACGUUUCCCUGAUCCGAUGUGGCCUCAGCCAUUUUGCCGCCCUGACCAACAGAGGAGAGCUGUUUGUGUGGGGCAAGAACAUCCGCGGGUGCCUGGGCAUCGGCCGUCUGGAAGACCAGUAUUUCCCGUGGAGGGUGACCAUGCCUGGGGAGCCCGUGGAUGUGGCAUGUGGUGUGGACCACAUGGUGACUCUGGCCAAGUCCUUCAUCUGAAGCUCCACCCUGGAACCUGGCCUCAGAACCCCUUGGACUGCUUGGCAGAGACCCCAGCGGGGCUGUUGCCGGGGGUCAGAGAGGACCCAGACCCCUUGUGACACGUGACGCUCUCUGCCAGUGCCCUUAGCAAGAACGUGCUGGAAGUCCCGGGACUCAGGCCCCUCUCUGGCCGAGGCUGGGACCCGCUGCAUCACCACGGGGGGCUGUCCUCAUCCGGCCAAGCACCAGCGAGAGGGGCCCCGGGCUGUGUGUCUCAUCGGACCCGAGCAGCUGGUCUGGGGGAAGCUUAGCUCUACGCCGUGCCGUUCUGUUUGUGCUUGAAGGUUGCCGGACGGCUCUAGUGGCCAGGAGGGGUUCCGCAACUCUCCGACCCCAGCAGAGCUUGUGAUGGGCGUGUGGGCUUCAGGGCGAGUCCCCGUCCCACUGCGGGAGCCGGGCUGAGAAGCUUGGAGAAGUUAGAGCGAGGCCAGGUUCUUGUGCACCGAACACCCCCUGCUUUCAGAAGCUUGGCUGGAGGGCGAGCCCCCGAGAAGAGAUCCAGAAAUCGUGGAAAAGAGCUGAGGUCGUAACAUCAACUUGGCCUUUCGUUUAAAAACAUCUUUGGAAAAUCUCUUUUGGAAUAAAGUCUAUUUUUUGCCUUUUUA